AUGGCUUCUCAGGGACUACCCGUCCCCGCACCCUUCCACUCCCGCCACACAUCCCUUAUCGGAUCCAACACAUGGAGCUAUCUACGCGCCAGGCCCUCUUCUAAGCCCAAAGGCACCGUCCUUCUCCUCCACGGAUUCCCGUCUCUUCCCUACGAUUGGCGCUACCAAGUGUCGCUCUUCACCUCACUUGGGUACCAAGUCAUCGCCCCCUACAUGCUCGGGUACGGCUACACCUCCUCACCAAGCGAAGUAGCCGAGUUCUCAUUCAAGCGGCAAUCCGACGACCUCGCCUCCCUGCUCGACCAGCUCGUCCCCUCCGAGCAAGUAAUCCUCGGCGGCCACGACUGGGGCGGCGACCUCGUCUGGCGCUUCGCCAUCUACCACCCCCGCCUCUUCAAAGCCAUCUUCUCCAUCACCUUCCCGUACAUCCCGCCCAGCCUCAACUACACCGAUCUCGCCGACCGGAUCGCGGCGGGAGAGUUGCGCAUGUUCGGGUACCAGCUGCAGAUGCGGGACCCGUCGACCGACCGCAAGAUCCAGAGCGCGCGGCAGAUCCGGCGGUUCCUGGUCGGCGCGUACGGCGGCGCGACGCCCGAGGGCGAGCGCGCGUUCUCUCCGUGCAGCGGGAUGGACUUCGCGCUGCUCCCGCGCUUGCGGCCGUCCCCCCUCUUAGAUGGCGUGGAGCUAGACCGCCACGUGGCGGAGUAUACGCGCCACGGGUUCCGGGGCCCGCUGAACUGGUACCGCACGGCGAGGAUCAACUACGAGGAUGAGCUGCCGAUUGCGGAGGAGGAGGAGGGUGGGGGGCAUAGGUUCACGAUGCCGGCGCUGUUUGUGCAGGCGCUGAGGGAUGAUAUACUGGUUCCGGAGCUGGCGGUGGGGAUGGAGAGGCAUUUUGAGAGGUUGACGAGAGUGGAUGUUGAUACGGCGCAUUGGGCUAUGAUUGAGGGGCCGGAGGAGGUGAAUGAGGCUAUUCGGGGUUGGCUUGAGACGCUUGAGUAGGGGAUGGGAGGUGAGGAUGGUGGCUAGAGAGUUAUCAACCCGGUGACAGAUAGAAGAGCUGGUUCUGACGGCCAUUCUUCUUAUAUUGAUCGCGAUAGGCUAUGAUCUCAAUUCCAGGACAAAUUACGCCCCCUCUAGUUACUGGAGACUUUGAAAUAGGACACAUGUUGUGGGGUUAGUUGUUGCUGAUUCGAUUAUGGUGGGCUGAGAUCGUAAUGUGCAUAUACUGCACAAUUCGCUAGACGGGUUGCAAAAGAAGAAAACUCAUCAUUUGUUCAGUCUAGCGCUAUUCCCAAUACCCCCUACCC